GCCCAACGGGAAUGUGCCUGCCUGCACUGUGAGGGGAGAACAGAUCUCAUGGCUCACAAGCAACUUCUCAGUUUGUGGACGGGGACCAUCCAUAUUAGAAAAAAUAAAAACAGGUAAUCAGAGCUGCCUUCAAGAAAGGACAAGCCGGGCAAGUGUCCAGCAAGGUAUGAAGAGGGCAGCAGGAGCCUGAGGCAGGCAGCCAUGCAAAUGACUCACUGUGUGGGGGUAAGCAGUCUGUUGUGUCAUUCCAACCAUGAGACUAGCCUUUGAAGCGUGUUCAGUGAUCUUCACAUUGGGCAACCUGGUGGCCUCUCAGUCACAAUUAGCCGGUACUGGGACAGGUCGGAAGGAUACUAUCAGCACCACUAUAGUCAAUUUCAAUAAUGAACAGAUGCAGAUCACAUGGGCAGCAAGAGAACUGUUUCCUGGCGAGAAUGUGUCAUUUUCUUAUACAUUUGAAGGAGACCAGCAAAAAGUGUGGAAGCCAUGCCCCACCUAUCUGUUGGACCAAGGUUUUAAUUCUGGAUGUCUGUUUAAGACAGAAGGAUCCACCCUUGCCAUCUCAAUCAUGAACAGUAAUGGAAGCAAAGAGCUUUUUUCUAAAAGACUAAAAUCUGAUUUUUAUAUAAAGCCCAGUCGACCAGAAAAUGUGACCUUCUUAUGGAAAGAUGACACUGUUACCGUAAGAUGUAAUGAACCACAGAGAGGUUUGAAGUGCUUGAGACUUGAGCUUCAGUACAAAAGCAAGUUCGACAAAGGGUGGCAAUCCAGAACUUCUAAGUGUUGCAGUGUUGGAGAGCAAGGCUUUGAUCCAAGGAAAUGCUAUUCUUUCCGUGUCAGACUGAAGAGGCUAGUACCUUACUGCAAUGUAGUUAAUUACAGCAGUGGCUGGGAAGCAGAAACAUUUUGGAUGAAUGGCACAUCAUUAGAUUCAUGUGAUGAUGACAUAAAAUCUCGGUCAAACACAGUAAUUCUUUUAAGUUGUAUGCUGGCAGUACUUCUAAUGAUAUUUCUCCUCUUGAUUCUUCUGUGUAAAUGGCAGAGACUUCAGAAGUCAGUCAUGCCUGUUGUACCAGAUCCAAAAUAUGCAUUUACUGAUCUCUUCAAUGACCAUAAUGGAAAUUUCCAGGAAUGGAUAGACAACACUGAGCAUGCAAUGGUGCAAACCAAGCUAGAAUAUGAAGAGUCAGAGUGCACCAUUGAGGAGGAAAGUCACCAAGAAUUCAAGAAGAACGGUGACAAGGAGGGGUCUAAGGAUAAUAUCUUCAGUUUAUCAGGAGCAGCUGAAAAUAACCAUCCCAAAACAUCUCGAAAUGCCUGCCUGAUGCCAACAUCCAAUACCACAGUUUCUCUUGAUGGCUUCCAGAUUUUGAUGAAUGAUGAUAUAUACGUGAUGUUAUAAAAUCUGCAUAAUAUAGCAGGUGUUAGAAAAUAGCACCACAACUUGGUCACAUCCUGAUGAGUUUAGGGAAGUGACUGAAUAAAAGAAGAGAUUGUUAUGGGUAGAAUCACAUAAAAUACCAGGCUGUGUUACCUAGUUUUGGAUCUGGGCUUGCCCAGAACUUAUGAUGGCUUGGACAGGCUCAGUAUAUGAAAUAAAUAUCUGAUAAAUUAUAAAGUUAGGAUUUGGUGUUCUAACUGGGGCUUAUUUCUAGGGCUAAACUAAGCCCCAUUCUCCUGCUAGGAAUGGGAGAGAGCAAGUGAUACUCCACAGAACAGCCUGGACUCAGUCCUUGUGCUUACGGAUUGCAUAGGGCCAGUGAAAAUUCUACCAUCAUUCUUCCCAAGUUAACAGAUAAAAUAAAGGGAUUUUUCUCCUCAUAGUCUUUAUCUCACAAAGUCCAGACCAUAUACUCCUCAUUUUCAUAGGGACAAGAUAUUGCUUUGCAUAUUAUCCUCAUUCUAAAAGUGCUUGCUUUUGGGAGUUUCUUCUCCCAGUGUGAAACUUUGUGCAUCAUUGUAUGCAUCAAAGUUCUUCGAAAGGAGAAAGUACAGGAUCUGUGUCUGAGAAGAAGAGUGUGAGGAUGUGUAGAAUUGUGUCAGGCUUUAUCCUGCAAGUAGUUCUGUGUAGGCAGCUUUCUUGAAAACUGCGUGGCUUCUUGGCUGUCCUCUGAGGUCAGGUCCUCAGUGAUAAGUCUUAGGGUUUUCUCUAUAUAUGAAUAAGCAAUUUCUUGUAGAAAGCAGAUUCAUUGUGAAUUAUAUUUAUAUUUAACUGAGUUGCAUUUAUUUCAAAUCAUCUUUUAGUUCAAUCAGCAGUUGCAGAUUUUACCUAGGAUUUGUUCAUAUUGCAUAUAUUGUUUUUUUAUCCUCAUAGUAUGUUCUAAUGUUUUCUAAAACAGACCAUCUUUAAAAUAUAGAUGAUUCUAAUUUUAAAAUGCAAUACAAUAUGUAAUUAGAGCUCAGAAACCAAAUCUUGACUAUUUGGUAAGUUUCCCUGUAUCACUUAAGUUACAUACUGCUUGAAAGCAAAUACUGUAGACAAAUUUUAGUGCUUAAAGCAUCUAUGAUAUAGUAAAAGUCAUUGAAUAGCUUUAUCAGUUGACGAAGCUUUACCAAUUGGACACUUUUAUUAACUAAUUUAUAGUGCAAUUUGGAUAUUGUUCAAAACACAAAAUUACACUGAUAAGUAAAAUAUUUAUAAUUCAGCACUUAAAAAUUUCAAAUCCAGGUCUCCUUGGGAAGGUGUACAGUAAUAUUAGCUUCCAAAAUCUGUUUCUAGGUGACCAGGUUUGCAUUAUAGGGAAAAAUCAACAAAUUUUCUGACCAAUAACUAGGGAACUGGGUGGACAGUUCAGGCACAUUCCUCAACUUUUUCUUGAUGUUACCCCAGAUUUGCUUGUUCCCUAACAAGAUGGGCUGGAUUUAUCACAGUCCUGACAAAUUUCCUGCCUUUUCCUAUCUAAAACAGAUGAGCACCCCACAUUUCUGGAAAGUUUUGAUAAAUGUAAGUUUGCAAAGUUUCAAUAGCAUAGUAAGAAUGCAAUGCAGUUUAAAUUAAUACAAACUUAUUGUAUUAUUACUUAUAUAUAAACUUAUAAUUUUAUCAGCAGAGUCCAGGUUGAUCUUCUCAGCUGGUGUAAAUUGGCAUUAUUGCAUGAGAAUCAAAGAAGUUACAUUGACUUACACUAGGUAAGAACCUGCCCCAAUGAUGAUUCAAACAAUAAAAUGGGAAGCAAAGCCCAGAAUUUAUUGCUUAGUUACUUCAUGUUUGAAUCAUGCAUAUAUAUAUGGCAGUUUAUAGUUAUAACUAGAUAUCUUAGUUGAACCAUUUUCUGUUGUACAAAAGCUCCUGAGAGCUGGCUGUCCCAGGGACCCUAAGCACACUUCUGAGCUCUUCACUCUUGGUGCCCGCAGUAGCCAGUCCCUGAUCGGGCCCUAGCAGCCCUUGGUGGCACCUGGCACUGCUUGCGAAGGAAGGAAACUUGGGCACACAGUCUGAAUGGCAGAGGUGGCACCCUAUGCCCAAGCUCCUGAAGUGAACAGCUGGGUGCCAAGGCUCUGGGGCACAUCUGGCUUCAGGCUGAAUUGCCACUCAGCAGGACAGCAAUUAGAAAGGUCAGUCAGAGUCUGAGAAUCUGGACCCAAGUAAAAAAUGUCUGAAAGGGAAGCAAAAUGUCUUUAUGAAAAUAGGGUUGUAUGCUAUUUACACCAACAUUUAAGAGGGGUUGGGUGGAACUGCCACUUAGGCUAUGAGUAUUAGAGAUGCACAUGGGUUACAGAACAAUUUCCUUUCACUUAUGCUGUCUAACCAACUUUCCAAUCAUGGGAUCAAGAUUGGUUUCUCCUUUAUGACAUAUUGACUAAAAUAAAACCCUUCAGGAAGCCUGCCUAGAUUGCAGACUUGCAAGAGCGUUGCUUUGAUUCCAAGACAUUCAGGAGAGACAGCUAGCUCCAACAGAACUCUCAGUCCUCCAAGAUUUUGACAAAAUGCUGCAUAUUACCUUGCUGUUCAUAUAAGAAGGCACUUUUCUUUACAUUAUAAAGAUGAAUCUUUCUCAGAUGAAGUUAUGCCUUUGCCUGCUUGCCUAACGUUGACUUUGCAGGAGAGCUCCGGGCAGCACUGCAAGCAAAAUUCAAGAGCCUUUGCUCCUCAUGGUUCACUGAACAGAGUCACAGGCUGGGUUGCUGCUUUCAGCUGCCUUCCCAAACAGUGACAAGUUAGUAAGAGCAUAAUGUGAGGUCUCCCUAAUUUCCUGUCUGCCAUUUUCCAUUAUUUUGUCAUCACUUUUUCUUCUCUCCAAAGAGCUCAAAGACAAGGUUCAGCUCAGCUCAGCUCGGCUUGUCUUGUCUUGUCUCAUUUCAUCUCAUCUGCUCUUCUGUCCUCUGCUUUUCUGGACAGUUACAAAGCUAUUCAGACAGACUCACAGAAUAGGCUUCCAGUGAUACAUGCAAGCCUAGUUACAAAUGAGCAAAUUAAAUGGCCAGACAGGAAAAGGCAUGUUCAGCUCCCACAGUGAGAAGGGGACAUGGCAACUUUCAUAUCAUUCUCUUUAUUUAUUCAAAAGUUGUCAUGUUCUUCAAAGGCCUGAGUCCCUCAGAUGCUACAUCCUGUUCCUAAUUAUAUCCCACAUAAAGGGAGAAGCUGUGUAUCAUAUGGUAGUCCAGACUAAUUGAACUAUAUUUUCACAACAGCAGAACAAACAGACUGUAUAUUUAUUUCUCAUGCAAUU